AGUUGAAAUGUGUCUCUACACUUCAUCUAACAAGUUAUAUUAUGCAAUUAAAAGUAUUUAUGAAUGGCGCCUUCGUGGUAUUUCGAUGUUUUUGAAACUGUGAUAGUAAAAAACAUGAAAGGUAAUUAUGUUGCCCCGUAGUGAAGCACGUCCACCUGCCAGGGAGAUAAGUCUUGGUCAAGCUGAAAUUUGAUUCACAUUUUUUCUUCACCUCUUGGUCCCCUGUGCAGACAAAGCCCUUCACGUUCUCUCCACUCGUUCUUUUCUUUUACUAAAACAUCUCAUGUAGGCAUUAUCACCUCACAAAAGACAUUAUGACAAAGCCAGUCCUGCAUGUCUCUCUUUACCUGAGAGCCUAUUUGCCUCUGCUAGAAGCUCUAGUCAAUAUUUGUUAAAAGCCAGAGGAGAGGAAAGCUCACGCUCCUUAGUAUCCUGGUUACCUCGCUCCAAAUUGAACCGACUGUCCCAACUGGUCCUGCUGCUGCACCCUCCCUUCCAUGCAGCUCCAGGAGCGGCAUUAUUUGUUUAGGAUUCGACGUGGAGGCUUAAGCACCUGCUUUUUUACCCGUGUCAGUGAAAGAAAGGGUCUGAAUGAGGACAUUUGUUUCAGGAGACCGUUUGAAUCACCGAGUCAUGUUUGACACACAUGGAACAGGUGGGAAAACCCAAACUGAAUUCUAUCUAGUAAAGGCUUUUCAAUGCAAACAUGAGACACAGCACAACGAUAUCAAAUAUAAUGGGGAUUGUUUUAAAGCACAUAUUAUGCCCCAGAAACUCUUAUGCAAUAUUCUAUUUACUUAAUAUUGUCAUUCAGUUUCAUCACAUUAUAAUUGUACCGCUCUAUCUAUUGGCUGUGUGUUUAUCCCAGAAGAGUGUUCCAUCCCUCUGGUGCUGUUCUUGACUGUUCUCCUGUUUUUUCAUCCGUUGAGUAAAACGUUUAAGAAACGAGAGAAGCACUGACAGAGGGGGGGAUGUGGGAAUAAAAUCCUCAUGUACAAACCUGGCCUCCCCCCAUAUGCCCCAGCUGUGACCCUAUCUGAGGUCUGCUGUGCAGGGCCGUACUGUAUCAGCAUCAUUAAGAGCGCACUUUGUAUCCGUACAGCAGGGAAGAUGAUUACAUUUGUGGUGCCUGCCAAACUUGUUCGCUGUAAAUGGUGCAGCAAGUGUUUCCCAGAGGGUGUGUGUCUGUGUGUGUGUGUGUGUGUGUGUGUGUGUGUGUGUGUGUGUGUGUGUGCUGCCUGUAGGCUAUGUGCUGUUUCCUCUGACAGUUACUGAUAAUGAAGACUCAUGCAAAUGGCCGAGGCCUGCUCUCACUCCUGGUUGGCCAAACUCUUUUCCUUUGCUCUCCCACUUCAUGAUGUUUCACUGAGGGUUACUGGUAAAAGUUGUAAAAUUCCGUACUUAAACACUCAAAUUUCCCUUUUUGGUGACUACCCUGUUAAUCAGAACAUCCCCUACAUCCCCCAACUGUAGUGUGUGUGUGUGUGUUUGUGUGUGUUUGUGUCUUCACCAGCAGAAGAUACAAGCAAUGACAAUCAGUAAUAAUCCACAUUUUCUCUCUCUUUGUUUCAUGGAGGUGAAUCCAGCUGCCUGUGAGUCAGCGCAGGGAUCAGUGAGGGCGAAUGGACGUGGUCCGAGCAAGAGACCUGCUUGCAUCAUCCUUACCUGGAUUAGUCGCCAUGAUAGUAACCCCCAAAGGGAGAAGCAGCAGCCAUGAACACUCAACAGAUGGAGCAGAUGGGCCAGUUCAAGAUCACAGUCUGGGAGGAGGAGAACUUCCAGGGCAAGCGCUGCGAGUUCAUGCUGGAGUGCCAGAACAUCAUGGAGAGGGGCUUCGUUAAGAUCCGCUCCAUCAAGGUUGAGAACGGACCUUGGGUGGGUUAUGAGUACCCAGAGUUCCAGGGACAGCAGUUUAUCCUGGAGAAGGGAGACUACCCUCGCUACGAGGCCUGGAGUGGAAACAGCAGCUACAGAACCGAGCACAUGCUUUCCUUCAGACCCAUCAAGUGCGCUAACCACAGCGACAGCAAGGUGACCCUGUACGAGUGUGAGGACUUCCAGGGCCGCAAGUUUGAGAUGUGCGACGACUACCCCUCCCUACAGGCCAUGGGCUGGUGCAGCAAGGAGGUGCCCUCCAUCAAAGUCAACUCGGGAGCCUGGGUGGCCUACCAGUUCCCUGGUUACCGUGGCUACCAGUACAUCCUGGAGAGAGACAGACACCAAGGCGAGUACAGAAACUACAAUGAGUUCAGCACCCAGGCUCACACCAACCAGGUGCAGUCCAUUCGCAGGAUCCAGCACUAAGCCUUCCCUCUGCCUGCCUGACCCCCCCGCCUGAAUAAAAAGAAAUUGAAAAACUCUCCCCGAACCCUUUCCUCUACCUGAGCCCCGGAGAGACAGACCACUGUCACAGACCUGUAGAUGGACUAACUCUCCCUCAUUCUGUGGCUCUGCAUGUAUGGAUAUCUAAGUAUUUCUACCACCAAGCUAAAGCAUGUUCUUGAAAUAGGAAAUAAAGGCUUUUCUGAAAAACUA